GCAAAUUUCCCGGGACCAGGAAGUGAGCGGCGAAGCCUCAGCCCCCGACAGGCUGCGAAAGCCGCCCAAGUUCCUCUCUGCGAGGGAGCAGGACGGGCGCUUGGCAGGAGGCGGCGGCGGCGGCUGGCUGGUUCCCCUCGGGCGCGCUCUCAGUUCCCCUGUGGCCGAGAAAACGGCGCGGCUGCCGGCGAGGCGCUCCUGCCGGGCUCGGGCUCUAUCCGGGCCAUUGGGCUGAAGCAGCGAGCGUGGACUUCCCAAGCUCGGGACCCCGGGGAAAGUAAGUGGGCUCCCCUCGCCCUCUCGGCAAAGCCCCGGCUGGGUGGCGGGAAGGAGCGGCUGGAAGGUGGCUUGGCUUCCGAAGGACGAAGCCUGGCCAUUUGAACUUCUCCCGCCGCUUCCGAAGCAUCUAUGCCGCUUCCCCGCCGCGCUUCGGGCUAAUAGCGUCGGUGUUGCUGCUGCUGCUUUUAGCCACGUAGCAAAGUCCUGUUGCUCUGCAGAGAGAAAGCUGAAUCUUCGCUGGUUGGUUCCUCAUAAUUUCCUCCAUGAAGUAGAUGCCCCCUGUCUAAAAAUCUGUGGGUUGCUUUAGUGCAAGGCUGCGGCGUGCCUACUCAAGAGUAAGCCCCAUUGAGUUCAGUGGAACUUACUCGCAGGUAAGCCUGCAUAGGGUUGCAGCGACACUGAUGUCGCCCAGGGCAGGAGACCUGGGCUCGUGCUUGGCCAAACCUGUGCGAACAGUGGUGCAGCUCUUCGCCUUGCAUUUUGCCAGCCAAACAUAACUUUCGCACAUGCAAAGAGCACGGUCUUUUCUUUCGAGGGGGGAGAAAGGCUGCGCGAGAUAAGUCCCGAACAAGGGGAAAGAAGGCGUGGCCAUAGAUUUUUAGAUCGAUUACAGGAGUAUUUCUCUAUUGUGCAGUGGCGCGGGGGUGGAGAUCAGUGAGUAGAGAGCAUUGCUGGAGAUUGGGAUUCCUAUCAACCGUGAAGUUUCCUGGGAGGAGGGCUUUGUUAAAUCCCUUUCUCUCAGCUGCAGCCUUUCGGGCUUUUGUAUCAUUUUUAGAUAACCACCUUGCAUAAUUCAGCUGCGGUAAUACACCAAGGGAGCUUUUAUUUUUCACCAAUAAGCCCUGAAAUCUGAUAAAUGCUCCUUCCCUCUGUGCGCUCUCUUUUAUUAAAAUGAAAAUUAUUAAAGUGCUGUAUUGUGAACCAUACGCGGAGCACAUUUUUAAAAAAGAGGAAGUGUGGUACUGUACUAAUCGGACAGUGCGCGUGCCUGACCCCUAGAGGAGCUUCUAUCUGGACACUAGAUUAAAACAUGUUACAGUAGUUUAGUUAAAAGGAAGUAGCGUUAUUUUCGCAGUGGCUCGCUUUUCCUUUAGCCUGCGGGAAGGGGCGUUUAUCCGGCCUAUUCUCUCAUGUGGUGCUGAUGAAUUCUUAAGGUCAUCUGACUGGUUGUUUUAGUCCUUUGUAAGUACCGCUCACAUUUUCCUGCCUUCUUGUUACGAUCGGAGUUUGUUUGCUUAAGGAAAAAAACUUUGGGAACUCAUCUGAUAUUGAUGCAUUAUAAUCUAUUGUUCCCCACAGGCACUCUGAUGACUUUUCUUUUUUGUUAAGCUCUGUUAAGUAAUCAAAAGGUUUAGUAAAAGUAAAGCUUGCAAUGAAUCACCACAAGUGCUAGUGUUUUGUUUUGUUACCAUUCAUGAUUAAUUUGUCGGAUUUAGAAAUCUGGGCGGAACUAAAGUUAACAAUUACAUAAAAAGGAAUCCUAAAGCAAACAGAUAUAAUGCUGAAUAAAUUAAAGUUUUCAUUUGUUUUAUUCUAAGCUUCCCCAAUUGGUAUUUCACAAAGUUGGUAUUUUCUCCAAAACCGGAACAGCUGCAAAAAUGGCUUCCUGUCUUCUUAGCCACGCAAAAGGGAACCAACCAAAUAUAUAUAUGUAUUAAGCACUGGUGCCUUGGGAAGCAAAGGCAGGAAACUAAAGUGUUUGCUUUGUUUGUUUACCCCAGAGUAGAGAGCAUUGUGAUAUUAAAGUCAAUCAGCGAUCAGGUCUACACAUACUUAGCUGCAACAAUGCUACAUCACAGGUAUCCACAAACUGUUCUCUGAAUAGUAAGUAGUUUAGUCCUUGGCUAUAUAAAUGCAAUGACUAUUGUACCAUUUGGGAGUCACAUCUAGUAAAUGUAUUUGCAGAAUGAUCUGAAAUAAACGUUGAAGGCAGUGGUCUAUUAGGGUAAAUGGGACUCUGUCUUACUGACCAGCCUCAGCCAGGCCUUACCUACCUACUUUCUUAGUUAUAAUCAGCUUCUUCCUCCGUAGUCUCAGUUUUCCUCCUAUAAAACUCAGCAGGGAAGGAAGCAGGAUGGUGAGAAAACUAGAAUGAGUUGCCUCUGCCUACCAUUCUCCUGCCUCACCAGUUGCAGGAGGCAUCAAGCCACUACUGGUUGAAGGAUAGUCAUGACAAGAUGGGGACUCUGUACACACACUCCAUAGAAGACAGAAUGAUAAAGUGGACACAAAGAUUGUGCCAAAAGCCCAAGCAGCAUCUUGUGCUGUAGCUCCCCACGGGGUGCCCUCCAUGCUACAGUGGCUGUUGUAGUAUUCUGGUUUGAAGUAAAGUACUGAAGAAGAAAUAGAUUGCUGCUUUUGAUAAAGUUUUGAAUCAUGCAGAGUUAAUUUAAGUAAGGGAUGGCAAACCUGUGUUGCUUUUGUUGGACACAGAGUGGAAAGUUAGUUUUAUUCACAUUUUAAUAAAGAAAGGCUUUGCAUAUUCAUAGCUGGUAGUGACCACACACUUCACCAGAAGAACAGACAUUGUCAAAAGGUUUUCUGCCCCAGAAGGGACAACGUACUUAAAAUGACAUACUCUUUUGUGGCAUCGCAGAAGUGUAUCAAAAUAUAUAGAUCUGAUUAUUUUUCACCUAGGUCAAAAUUAAUUACUUUCUUUUUUCCAUGGCAGUUUUUGUGAGAUAAAUCAUGACUAGCAGCACACUGUGCUUUAGAAGAGCGAUUCUUUCAGCCAGCAAAGAGUUAAGAGGUUAUGCAUAAUGGACUUCUAAAUAGAAAGUGAGUGUGCUUCCUCAAAAUAAAAGUCGGAUGCUUGUUUAAAGGGUUGCAUGUAGAACUAGAGGAAUGAACAUGGGUUCUAGUUACCUUUGCAAGUGAAAUAAUUCCUCAGGGGCUUCUGCCAGUGAACUUUUGGCUUUGAACUGGCUUUAAUUACUCAGCUGUACUGCAGUGACUUCCCUUUUUUUUGUAUUUCUGUGGACAUUUUUCGUUUCCAAAUUUCAAAUGAUUGACACUUGAGCGGUUUCCGUGCAGCCGUGGUUUGUACAGUCACAGCUAAGGUGAUUUCAUCAUGCUUGGAAAUAAACCCCAAGACAAGACAAGGCAUCUUACAGUACUUUAAACCAGGAAUUGAGAACCUGUGGUCCUCGGGACCUGAUGGAUUUGCCAUGCUGGCUGGGACUUAUAACAGUUGGAGUCUUAACAACAUCUGACUAUCUACUAUUUAAUGCAUGGCUGCACUGUUGAGUCAACUUAUUUUGUCAAAAGAACCUUAAGCUAUCAUACAUGGGGGCUACCGUUGGCUCAUGGGACUUGAUACAAAAGACGUUUCCAUGCUUUUAAUAGCUGUGUAGCAGCUUUUAAUAAUAUUUAUAGAUAACACAGGUAUAGCCAACAUGGUGACCUCCAUUUAUUGGACUCCAACUCCCAUCAUCCCUAGCCACUGGCCAUGCUGGCUGGAGCUGAUGGGAAUUGGAGUCCAAUAUCACAUGGAGGCUAUAUCUGACACAAUGGGUAAUAUAUAAUUCCAGUGCUUUUUUCUGGGGGUACCCAGGGAUAUGCAUACCCCUAAACAUUUUCUGAAUCUAAGUUUGGCCUCAUUGAGGGGCAGUAUUUCAAUAUGAGCAGGAAAAUGAGAGUACCCCUAAACAUUUUUUCAGAACAAAAGCACUGUAUAAUUCUAUAUAUUGAGGUACCUGCCAAAGUGACAACUUCUAUACAUCUUGCCUAUCUUCCUUUCUAUCUGUUUACCCAGGCAGCUGUUUACCAUUUGUGUACCAUUUGUGUACUUGCCAUGCUCUAGUACUUUGAGACUGCAAUCUUACACCUACUGAAGUGGAAGUAAACCCCACUGAACUCAAUGUGUCUUACUUCUGAAUAGACAUGUAGCAGAUGACACUUCUAAUCCCAUUCCACAGAGUGGCUGAGGCAACCCAGCCAGAUGUGUGGGGUAUAAAUAAAGUAUUAUUAUUAAAUUAUUAUUAUUUUAUUCUACUGCUUCAAACAUCUGGUCAGUUGUAUCAUCAUCUGGUAGAGUGCAUGUUCUGUUGAAGGGACCGUUCCGCUACCCAGUUGCUAAAGAUGGUGCCACAGUUCCUUUUGUUGAGGUUUCAUUAUUUCAUGCAGGAAGUCUGUUUUUUUAAAAGAAUUUCUUUCAUCUACAUUGGCAUUAGAAGGCUGAAUAAUUUUGAGGGAGUGCUAUGAGCUCCCUGUUCUCCAGUGGUUUCUCUUCCCCCUCCGCAGGGGAUCGUUUCCCCAAAAAAAGACAAACGCAAAGAGAAAACAGAAACACUGCUCUGUUUUUCCAAGGCAGGGGUGAGGUUGGGAGAGUCUAGAUCAGAAUCAAUAGAAUUAAUAAUGAAAUAUAUUGAAUUUGCAACACACAGUUCCAAAAAUACCAUAAAUGCCAUUUAAUUAAAGCUUACAUUGGCAGACUGCACAGGUGUUUUUUUAAAUAUAUAUACCAGUAUGUAUGAAAUCACAGAUCGGUUCUUGCCAGAACUGCAGGAAUGUUGAUGCAAGGCAUCAGUUGUCAUGGGUCUUCAUUUUUAUUUUACAUAGGAUGAUGACAAAACACCUAAGAAAUGUGCUUUUCAUGAUAAUGCACCAGGGGAUGUCCUGUUCUGCAUACAGUCGCUGUGUUGGUGACUGCAGCACUAUAAUGACUCCUCUUCCUCUCCUCACUCCCUUUCUUCACUUUUCAGUGGUGAUUGUUUCAGUUUGGGAAUGGAAACUAGCUAGAGCUGCAUGCAUGCUUACGAGCUGAUCCCAACUCUGAUGAUAACAUGAUACUAUACAUGCACUUCUAUUUUCAUUCACAGGAUGUCUGUCCUGCCUUUCUCCAGAUAGUCUCAAAACAGCUUACAUUGCAAAGCACUAAAAUACAAUAAACAACACACAUGAAACAGCACAUAAAUAUACAUAAAAUGUAGUCGGCAAUUAAAAGCCCUAAUAGAGACAGCACUAAAGGCGAUUAAAAGGAUCUCUGAUCCAUAUAAAUCUAUUAAAUGUACAAGGGAACAGAAUGAGCUUUGCUUGGUGCCUAAAAGCUAGCAAGCAAGAGAUGUUGUAGCUUAAACCUUCCCACUGGAGUCAAUGGAGAUCCCAAAAUGAAAGCUUCCCUGCACAUCACCUUUUAUAUCUCUCCGUCCCCCAUUCCCCUAGGAUUUCAUGUCAGCUAAACAUUUUCUAUUAAGCUACCACUUCACAUAGUGGUAGUGGUACCACCCCAUGCUGGCCGAUGUGACUAGAAUCCUUAUAUUUGACUACUAGUGGAUAAAGUGGGAGGGAAGAUGCUAUGUUGUAGGCCUGGCCCCCCAGAGAGGCUCUAUGAGAGUUCCUUCUCUGGUCUGCUCCUGUGACUGUGAUUAUGGUAUUGUUCUCUAGUGUGGGAGGCCUGGUUUCAACUCCAAGCUUGUCUCCAGUAGGUUCCCCAAAAGGUAGGUUUUGCAUUGUGGAGGCCCCAAUUUUAUCUCCAUAGGGUACAAAUUGAGCCCAAACCUCAUAUAACCCAUUGCUUACCUUUCUCUCCUGCCUCCAGCAACAAUGUUGCUGAAGACUUCAUUCUUGUACAAAUGGCUUCCUUCCCUUUACUUUGCAAAAAGCUAGUUCUCCUCACACAGGCACCCAGCAUGUUCUAUUUAGUAUUGUUAGUGUUUACUGUGUGGAAUCACUGGCACCGAAACAGGAAUUGAACCCUUUUCCUGAGAAGCUUCUGGGUUCUACCUGUAUUUGCCUUCUGCCUGCUGGGGCCUCUGGUGGAGGAAGCCGAGUUUUCUGUUCCUGGUUGGGUGGCAACUUAGAAAUACUAGCUAACAGAAAUAGAUCUCAACACAGCGGAGACAGCUAUAACCAGGUGACCUUUGUGCCUGCUCAGUCCAGGUGCUGUUGGAGGUCAACUUUGAGGAUUCUGAGAAAGAGAACCUAUCCAGUUGACGCCGACACAAAACCCUACACGUACACUGUAAAGAAAUAUAAAUUUCACCACCACUUCUCCCCCACUAUUCUUCUUGACCUUAUACUUGACCUUAUACUGUACUCUACACUAACGUCUCAUAACAAAUGUAACUGAUCUAUAGAAAACCUGAACUGUACAACCUGAAAAAUGAGACAAGGCAUGUACUUUUGUAAACCAAGAAAAUCUUUAAUAAAAACAAUAUUAUUAUUUAGGAUUCUGCUUUCCCUUCUUAAUGUUAUUUAUCUUUAAACUUGGUCCUUCACAUAGAGGGCUGUGUUUUUUGCCAGCCCUUCAGAUAAAGGGUUGUCACUUGUAAAGAAGGACACACGCUCACCUUUAUUUCUGGGAGCAUAGUUGUGCACUGUGUGUGAGAUGGGUGUGCUGCUAUGGUGCUUCUGUUAUCACCAUGUGCUGUUGACUGGUGGCAUGCAUGCAUAGCUAAUGUGCAGACGUCCUCAGCAUGCAACGUUUUUAACAAGCUGCUGUCUUGCGGGGGUGUUGUUAGUUUUUGUUUCCACAGGUUUUGAGUUGUUUGUUCUGCUGCUCUAAGUUUGUACAACACUCUUCCCCAAUCCCCACCACCCCCACGUCAUGUAUUGAUAUGAUAGCUUGCACACUGGAAAAAGCAAAUUGGUGGCCAUCAACUGCCAGUGUGCAAUAUUCAUGGAAAGUGGGAAGAGGGAAGGCAGGCACCAUCAUACUGGGGACCCCAGUAGCUUCCUAAAGAUGCUGUGUGCUACUGCCUGACCUGUGUUUCUUUACCAACAAUUAAAUGCAAGGGUGGGGGACCUGUGGUCCUCCUGAUGUUCCUGGAUUAUCACUUGCAACAUUCCUGACCAUUGGCUUUUGUGUCUGGGGCUUAUGGAAUUGGAGUCCAAACAUCCAGUGGGACACUAGAUUAGGUAGGGAAGGCUGAUGUAGAGCAAUGGAAUGGACUUUCUCGAAAGAUGGUGGGCUCUCCUCCAUUGGAAAUCUUAAAGCAGAAGUUGGUUGGUCAUCUGCCAUGGAUGCUUUAGUUGAGAUUCUUUCAUUGCAGGGGAUUGAACUUGAUGACUCUUGGGGUCCCUUCCAACUCUAUGAUUCUGUGAAUGGUGUUCUGAACAACUUCAGCUUUGUCAAUGUAUGCUAGCUAUUACCAGUUUAUUCUUUAAAACAGCCUGCGGCCAUGCUGGACUCCAUCCUCCAGUUGUAGUUCAAAACAUUUGGAGGGCACCAGGUUGAACAUAGGAAGUGCCUGCUGGAUCAGGCCAAUGGCCCAUCUAGUCCAGCAACCUGUUCUCAGCGGCCAACCAGAUGCCUGUGGGGACUUGCAAGUAGGAGACCUGGGCACAAGAACACACUCUAUUUCUGUAGUCUCCAGAAGCUGGUAUUCAGAAGCAUCUGACAGUGGAGGUAGAACAUACCUGAUAUAGCUAAUAGUCAUUGAAAAAGACUGCUCUCAAGUUUUAGAGUCUAAAAUAGGGUUGGGGAAUCGGGUAUUACCAAAUUCUUAUUUUCCCAGUGCUAUUUUUCUAGAAAAAGGGUGCCAGGACUCACCUUGUUCUCUUAUAAUGUCAAUGGCACCCACCUGAGAGAUGCUGGAACGGAGUUCUGGCUGAAAAAAGCCCUGCCCCUAGCCAUUGCGGCUCAAAUUUGAGGUGCGGGUGGGGCAGGGCUUGUAAGCUACCACAUAUCAACUCAAGGGAGGUGACUUCAAUCCUGUUUUUUUCAGGGAUUGGCUGCUUGACGAAAUUAUCCAAGAGGGAUUCAGUUGUGCAGCUGAUCCAGCACUAGCUCAUAGCCAGUGACUCAAGCCUGCUUUCUGCAGGGAUCAACUGUGGGGAACUCAUUUGUGCAGCUGAGUCACCCAUGUCCAAACUGGGACCCAUGCUGGGCUAAAUUUGGUCUGCAGAAUGGAGGUUUCCCACCCCUUUAGAAUAUUCUAAAAGAAAAGUGAAAGAUACUAUGAUACAUAGGGUGCUAAGGUGUGUGUGUGUGUGUGUGUGUGUGUGUGUGUGUGUGUGUGUUUUCACACAGUAGCUCUGUUACUCUAGUAAAGCUUUGAUAGCUUUCAUAAUGUACAUCUCUGGUGAUCUGAAGAUUUAAUGUAUUAAUAUGUUAUGUUUUUGUAAAUGUCAAAUCUGUGACAGUAGUUAAAAAUCCUACUUCAUGGGUGUAGCCAGGGGGUGCAGGCAGAGGGGCAGCUUCCCCCCAUCAAGUAAAUAAAUAAAAAUACUUAACUGACUAAUUGAAUUACAGAUAACUUGGUUCUGCCCCCCAAAAAACAGAAAGCCUGCCCCCCUUAAAAUAACCUUUAUGUUUUAGGCUGUUUAUUGUAUGCACUUCACAUCCCUCAAUCCUGCUCUUAAGCAGAUAUCCCAUUCAGAAUUCUCUGGUGAAUCAUCUGCUACCAGGCUUCCCCCACCUUCAAUGAUAGGGCUCAAAGCGUGACUCCAAACCACCUGACUCCACUACCUGUUUCAGGGAUGGGGAAUCUGUGGCUUCCACAUGGGAACUGAAGUUCGUUAAGCAUUCUGGUUUUGCCUGCAGAGUCUGGAUUCAGAAAAUCUCUCCCAGACUACCACUACACCUAAGUCCCUCUGGUUCUAUGUAACUUAGACAACAUUUUAAAAGAGAGUAAAUUUUGAUCUUGGAAAGCCCUCUGAGUUAAAUAAGAGGUGUGUAGACUUCUAGUCUGUGUACAAUAAAACAUAUGGAAGGUGUGCAUUGAUUGGAUCUUCUGAAUGGAAUCUACGUUCACAUGUAACUUUUGGGCAUGCAGCUUCUCAUACUUAUGAACCUAUAGCUUUGUAGAUAUACAGAAGGUAGCACAUCAAUGUUUUCUUAGCACAUAAGAAUCUUAUACUGGGCAGGAGCUUCAGUUGAACCCAAGUCUUCUCUGCCUUGGGCUUACUGUACCUCUAUUAUGUUAUUCUAUUUUCCCCCAGGCUUGGUACCCAAUAUAUGUAUUUUUAAAUUGAGAUAUUGGCAACUGAACUUAAACGCUUCUAGUGCUGAGCUAUAGUUCUUCCUGUGUGACUAUUAAUCCCAUAAGAAUUUAAGAAGAGCUCUGCAGGAUCACACCCAAAGCCCAUCUGUUCCAUCAUCCUGUGCCUCGUAGAGACUUACCAUAUUUUAUCCAUACCAUCCAUAAUUAUAUUCACCUGUACCAGGUUCCCUUUUUACUCUGCUCCCCCCCCCCAAAAUAAAAAGCCCAAAACAUUGAGGAUGAAUGUGUUUUCUAGUUCUGCAUUAUCCAGAGUUGUCAUUCGUAUUCCAUGUGUAGUCACACUACAGGUUUAAGGAAAGGCCUUGGGCAGUUUUGUUUUUCAUCCUUUUCAUAAUGGUUCCUAACAUGGAAUUAGCCUCCCCGCCCCCCAGUGAAGCUCAGUCUGCCUUUGAGAAGUUUCUUGUUCAAUCUGUAUCAGCCCUUGACAAGAUUGUAUUGUUUUCUUCCUGCCUUCUCUUAGUCGCUGAGAUUUAUUACUGAGUGCAGACAUGCGGGUGUCAUGUCAUGUUUCCCAUAACGAUGUUAUGUUGUUGCAUUUCGCUAAAACAUUUGUUUUAGAGAAAUGCAACAAUAAAUUGUUGCCAUUGAAUAGAGUUUAGCAAAAUAUUGGGGCUAGAAGAAUACAUUUUCUUUGGAAUCUCCAGCCAUCUCUGAUAACUGCAGGUUACAAGAGAUGCCUUUUUGCCAAGUCUCUUUCACCUCAGACUUUCUGUUUAAAUGAUUUAUUUGCAAAAUGAAGGUGGGAAGCAUAGGUUGAAAGAUGCUGGAGAUUCAGAUGAGGAGUGAAAGUUCUUGCCAUGAACGGGAAGGAGGAAGUGAAGAAAUCUAUAUUUGGAGCUCAGCCAAGCUAAUGGAUGCAGAAUUGGUAAAGCAGUAACUGCAGUUGUGACCAAUUUAAAUUGGUUUAAAAAGUAUGCAGGCUUUAAGUAAUAGAGAACAUGAAGUCACCCAUACAUUACUCUAUUUCAUGGGUAGGCAAACUAAGGCCUGGGGGCCAGAUCCAGCCCAAUCGCCUUCUAAAUCCGGCCUGCGGACGAUCCGGGAAUCAGCAUGUUUUUACAUGAGUGUCCUUUUAUUUAAAAUGCAUCUCUGGGUUAUUUGUGAUGCAUAGGAAUUGGUUUUUUUUUUUUCUUCCCCAAAAUAUAGUCCGCCCCCCACACAAGGUCUGAGGAACAGUGGACUAGCCCCCUGCUGAAAAAGUUUGCUGACCCCUGCUCUAUUUCAUUGUUGAAUGUCCCAGGAAGUUGUCCCCAUGGACAUUGACAGUUUAUUGCAACGCUCAAAAGUCAUCCAACUAUACAUAGACAGGAAGUAGCUAACAGUUUCCACAGGCGUAUCUGGUACUGCCCCAGACAGACAUGUGAAUCUCCUAUGAUGCUACUUUCUUUCGUACCUCCAAUGUACAUUGGUUGCCUAUAGUUGAACUUAGCAACACAUAAACCUCUUUGGCUCUCAUCUGGCUUGAUGUGUGAUGCUAGUGAGCAAAGGGUUUAUAAAACAGUAGAAACUGAAUGAACAAUAUUUAUUAAAAUAUUUGUAUACCACUGUGUGAGGCAGCCACAUGCUCCUCAGCCAAGCAGGUUAAAGAAAAAGAGGGAGUAACAAGCUGAAUCGGCGCCUGGCCCCCUCCGUCAUUUGAUUAAUGCACUUUUAUCUACAUCUGACUCCGGUCCAGUGUUGAAGGCAGGACGGAAGAGAAGUGUGAGGAACAACCAACUGCUGGGAUGUAAUGGGUGGGACAGACAUGUGAAUGACAGACUCCAUCAUGUCUAGUUGUGACUUCCAUUUAAUGAAUAAUGAACAGUCUCAUGAGCAGCCUCUUGCCCCAUUGCCUGCUGCCUCUUUUUUUCCUUCCUGUUGCUCCCAUGCACACACCCAGCACAUGCAGUUGUUUCAUCUGUGUCUUUUGCUGCAUUUGCAGAUUCCAGUCUUUAGCAACUUUCACUUCACUCCUGCACAAGUACAAGAACAGAAAGCAGACUAUGAUAUUCAAAGGCCUCCCCCUUUCUUUGUCUGCAGUAAGCAGCUCACAAGAAAUAUUUCUGGGAAGAGUGGGAAAGCAUCUACAAAAACAUGAACAACUAAGUAAGCAGGCACCUCUUUUAACCCAGGCUUCCCACCUAUAAGGCUACCUAAGAAGAACUAAACAAGAAGCACCAGAGAGUGGCACUUCUCACAGUUGACCACAGGGCUGGCCCAAAACAUUUUGGUACCUGAGGCAAACCACAAAAUGGUGUCCCCUCUCCCCACCAAGGAAUAAGGGGUGAGUAAAGAUCUACAUCAGGAACAAGGACAGACUGCAUUGUGAUCUGUGGCCCGUAUGGAUUCUGCCACCUGAGGUGCUUGCCUCACCUGAUGUGUGGACCGGCCCUGGUUGGCCAAGUUUAUCACUUUUACUCAACUGUCACACAUGCAACACUUGCAAGCCCUUCCCCUCCAAGUGAUGGUUUUAAAUAGGAAAGCACUAAGAAGAAAAACAAGUUGCCUUAUUAUUAUUAUUAGCAUAUUACUCAGAUACAUAGUUUGUUUCACACACUAACUUCCUGGCAAAAUAAAUAACCUGAAUGAGAGUGGGUUCUUUCAUCAGGCCUGCCUUAGCCUGAACCCUUCAGACAGAAGGUGUCAGUUUCUUGUCCACCAAUAGUUUUCUUCUUAAGCCUUAUUUUAUUUCCCUUCCCUGAACUACAUUGUAUAGCACCUAUUUGUUGAGCUUUGCUUACUGUUCUGCUAGGAUAGGGCCCAUUCAGUUGUCUUCUUUAUUGUGCAUUCAUGAUGCUUUGUGCUUAUGAUCAUAAUGUGGUGAUUAUAGAUGUUCCUGCUUUCAAUACUGUUUGCCCCUGCCAGUGUUAGAAACUAAGGUAUGAAAGCUAGGAGCUAAAUGGCACCUUAAACCUAGGUUAUGGGUGCAACAAUGGAAUGUCUAGGCGUGCUUUUUUAUAACAAGAAUACAAAGCUGAAAGUGUAUGAACUGCAGUUAAAAUAUUAUGUUCAUUUUUCACAUGGUCUAGUCCUCCCCCCCCCCCCCCGCUGAUAUUCUUAAGAAGGUCUCUUCUUCAGUCUUCAGAGAGCAGAUGGAAGUGGGGGCAGAAUAAGGUCCUCCUUUCCUUCCACUCUGCAGUUUUAAUCAGAAAUCUUUGGCGCAGUACUGUGCCCAGAGUUCAUAAACUGCUUGUGCUAAUAAAAAUGCACCUAGAACAAUGGGAGUUUCGAACACUGGCCCCUGCAACCACUUUGAGAAGUUACACUUCUUCAUCUCCAAACAGUGCAUGCCUUAUAGCUUCCUGCUGAAAUCCAGUUGCUUUUCUAUACCACAAAUGUUUUGGGGGUUUUUAUCCAUAUUUUGUUGUGGUAUAGCACUAAAGUGCCCCUCCAGACAGCAGUAAUGUAAUAUUGAGAAAGCACCUUAGAACACUUAAUAAAGCAGAAUUAUGUGUGGAGCAUCUGGUAUAAAUUCACCCCUAGUGCACUACUGUAUAUAUGGGCUGGAGGGGCCCAUAUGUGCAAAGAUGGCUUCAUACCCCACCCCCACUUGAACACAGAGUACACCGUAGUGUUUUCUUCUAUUGGAAAAAAGAAGCAGAGUGAUGACAGAUCUGUUGGCUUUAAGAAACAGGGGCAAAUUACUCCCCUUGCCCUGGGCUAGGAGAUCAGAUAAGCUGAAGAGUAUUACUGAGAGGGUCAAUUGGUUACGCGGGCAGUUAAGUGGUGCAUGCAAGUACACCAUGCAUUUGUUGCAAUCUUUGCUAUUGCAACAGGAUAAUUAGUGCUCACUAACUAUGCCUUUAGGGAAGGGAGUCCGUCAUAAAGGGAAACGACACAAAAAAUGUUCUUGAAAUAGGGAAGUACACAGCUUUUAGGAGCCUCAGGCCUUUAGAGCCUAUUCCCCCACCAUCUUCCACCCAGACAAAAAAAGUCAGAUGCCUUUUCAAGUUGUGAAACUCAAACUACAGUAGUACUGUAUUAAUGGGCUGGUAAAGGACUCCUGUCUGAAAUCCUGGAGAACCGUGGCUAGUCACCAGUGGUCUCAGUACCUGGUCCUACAGCUUGACUUGCUAUAAGGCAGCUUCUUGUCUUCUUAUGAAAUGCAUGAUCAACUUUGGUGAUAACAUAACUUACAGAAUAAGCCUGUUCAGUAUCUGAUGAGAGAACACUUGCCGUGUUGACCUACCACUUUGUGGCUUAGCACAGGAAUUAUAUCAUUUAAUUACGCAUAUAGACGUGACAGACUCCUGAAACAUCUAUUUCUGGAUCAUGGUUGAAAUAUUUUUCCUAUUCCACUUUCUGUUUCACUUAAAAAUACCCCCAACAGAUUCCCCUUUUCACAGAAUUGUUCAGUCCAAUGAUCUGUUAAAAAUGAACAGUAAAUGACGACCCUUCCUUAUUAGUGCAAACUCCAAUGUGAAAUCAUCACACUUAUAUACUGAGUAUUUUUCCAUCCUCCACACUUCAUUAAGUUGUAUUUAAUGGCUUCCAUCCCAUAAGAAACUACAAGAGAAGAGGAACAGAAAUUAUUGAUGUUACAAAUUCACACUUGUCUCUGAAACUGAGGAUUAGGAAGUGGUCAUUUUUACAGCUGCAUACAGAUCAGUGAAAGAUUCAGUGGGAUUCUUGUGAUUUUGACAGGAUAUCUGAAAGACUACUUACUCCCUUUAUGGGUUGCUUGUAGGCUACAUUAAUAUUCAGAGACCUGCUUUUUAGCUAAAUAUGUUUGGUUGGUGGGAACAUGAGGCAGGGCCUUCUCUGCAGCAGUCCCUGGUUACUGAUUUCAUUAGCCCCAUCCCUACUGGUUUUUAGGUGAGCAGUAAAAAAAAAAUGUAUUGUAAGCCCCAAAAGUAAUAUAAAUAUAUUCUCAUUAUUAAAUAAAAAUGUCACUGCCCAGGGUAAGUGACCCUGUACAUUGCAAGAAAAAGGGGGAUAAUUCAACAUGGGAAUGCCAUUGAAAGCAUCGUUCUCUCAGACAUCUGUAGUCUUGGUUCUGACUAGUGUGUGAGCUUUUUAGUUUAUAGAACUCUUCUUCAUACGAAAAGGGAGACAAAGCACUCCAUGAUGUAGAUGCCUCAAAGUCUUCCAGUUGUAAAAGUCUUGAGGGGUGAGUGAAGAUGGAAAUACACCUUUGAGCUUAAUUUGGGGUGGAUAAUUAAUUUUGGUUACUCCAUGUGUAGCCAUGUGUAGUUUACAACUUCCAAGUCUUCAGCUUUCUCCUACAGCUGCUUCAGAUUUGAAGUACCGUAUUUUUUGCUCUAUAAGACUCACAUUUUCCCUCCUAAAAAGUAAGGGGAAAUGUGUGUGCGUCUUAUGGAGUGAAUACAGGCUGCGCAGCUAUCCCAGAAGCCAGAACAGCAAGAGGGAUGGCUGCUUUCACUGCAUAUUUUUUUUAUUGUUUUCCUCUUCCAAAAACUAGGUGCGUCUUGUGGUCUGGUGCGUCUUAUAGAGUGGAAAAUACGGUAUUUCCUCCUUGAAUUUCAUUGGUGGGGCAUUCCAUUCACUUUAUGCUCAUUUAUGUAAGAAUAAGCAGAUUUUGUGAGCAAAUAAACUCUGUGCUGGAAACUGGUGCACUGUCACCACAGCCAAUCACAAACAAACAACCACACCCUAGGCCAACCCCAACCUCUCUCACCCCCAAAGGAACACAAGUGAAUAAUAAAGAGAGCCCGCACAAGCGAUGCUGACACAAAACCCACACAUACAUUAAGUAGAAUAGAAACAUCGCCAUCCGACCCCACCCCCACUCACCAUGCCCCCCUCCACCUCUUUCGCCCUUUUCUUCCUAAGGUAACACUAAUGUCUCAACAAAUGAAACUGAUCUGUAGAAAAUGUAACUUGAAAAAAGAGACAUUGCACAUACUUUUGUAGACCAAUAAAUCUUUAAUGAAAAAUAUGGGUUUUUUAAAAAAGAAACUGGUGUACUGUUGCUUACCACCAAGUUUUGCCAACUUGGUUCAUUCCAGAUCAGCAUUGGAACAUAAUUUCUCUGGCAAACUUUGUACCUGGCAGAAAUAAAUGUUACACAGCAGAAAUAACCCUAGCUGUAUCAUGUCCUCAUUUGAGAAUUUUAAUAGACUUUGCUGCAAAACGGCCUAGAAAAAUUGUCAGCCAGUGCAUAGGAAGGUUCCCCCCCUGUAAUUUGUAGAUAAACCAGCAUGUCAGAGGAAAUAGGAAACACUUAUUGUGUUAGAGAUAAGGCCAUUAAUAGCUCAGUUUGUAUUUAUGUCUGAACUGUCCAAGAUGAGUCAGCAUUUUAGCCUUUUUUUAAAAAAAAUUAAAGCGAAAUCCUUGCAGAAGUCUUUCUUUCUAAAAUCAUUUCUUUGCUUUAAAAACAACAUUAAAAUAUAUUGCUUUUCUUUUUCUUGUGAAGGAAUACAAUCCUAUCUUAGGUAAAUAUGCACUUAUCUAUAUACAUACAUACAUACAGAGAGAGAAACUUGGCUCAUGGUAAGAAUUGUUUAAGCUCAGUCCUUUAUCCUCCUCUUUAAAUCCAGUUGGUCAAAAUCAACAAUCUGAAGAUAUGUACGCCCAAUUUCUAGAAGUUGUGCAAUACAUCUUAGUGUGGGAACAAUUUUAUGUAUUCAUUCUAUCUUGUGCUGCCCUCAAAUCUGAUAUGAUGAAGACGACAUAGAACAUAAGACCAAUACAACGAAAAACAAAAUGGCAUAAUAUACUGCAUCAAGGUUUUUAAACACUGCUGGUUUAAGAAAUGCUUUUAAACAAAGAAACAAAGUGGCAGAUAAACUCAUUAAACAAAUGUAAGAUUUGUUCAUACCAGAUCAGUUUAAAUGGUCCAGCAAAUGAAAGGGUUCCUUGCCCGCCACUACAACAUAGUGAACUUGUUUGGGGAGCAGAUUCCGGAACCAAGGAACAGAGGAAAUCCCCAUCCUUUCUAGAUAAUCGCUGCAGCCCUGAUAGAAGAGAGAUUGAGAGAAAGGCCUUGGAAGAUUUUUGCUACAUAACCUAGACAACAUUGAUUUUUGCUUAAUUCUUAUUUAUUCCAACAGGAAAAUAUGGGAUGUAUAAAAUCCAAACGAAAAGACAAUCUGCAGGGAGAUGUGAAGACUGAACCAGUACGUAAAUCUGAACGAACUAUUUAUGUGAGGGAUCCAACGUCCAAUAAACAGCAAAGGCCAGUAAGUAGAUUAGUUUCAGGGAAGAAUUCCCAAGAGUGAGAUCACAGCACGACUGGCAUAAUUAAAAUUUUUAUUUAAAACUAGGGGCUGCCUCCCUGCUCGCACCAUUCGCCAGCCUCCUGCCGUUUCCCCCACAUUAACCCCACAGAGCUUCCCUUCCCACCCUAUGCAAGCUUGCUUUCCACCUUCGCAACCUCAUUUCUGAAGCCAAUUCCAUUCUGCAGCCCCCUAUUUUCACCUUUAUGCUCAUGUCAAUGCCUCUCCACUUCUUUUAGGCAUCUCCUGUUGCACACAAAGCACCCCCAUGGAACCUCCUAUGUCUUCCUCCUCCCACAUAUUACAUCUACAUAUUGCACCAUCUGCCCACUUAUGAAACCACCUUUCUGCAAACCCUUUCAUGCCCCUGCUUUCAUCUAUAACCCCACCCCCAUGCCUCAUAUGCCCUUUUUUGCAACUGCCUUUUUUCCUCUCCCCUUCCUUUUCUUAACUCUCCCUUGUACACAAACCAUGCCCCUAUCUCCACAUUUUCUCCUUUCUAUCAUAUUGUUCAGCCAACUUUGCACACAAACACCAUUCUCACCUACACUCCCCUUUUCCUUGCCUCCUCCUCCUCCCUCUCUUUUUUCAACCGUCCCUUGCACACAAACCACCAUUCCACACUUCAUCCUCUCUCCUAUUCUACAGUCCCCUUUGUGCACACACUCCAUGAUGGUAUAUGUUACUGUAUCUGUAAGAUCUGUAAGAUAACUAGAACAAGCCUGUCAGUUAGCUUGUUCAGUUAUAGAAGUUCAGUUCAGUUGAUGGAUGUUUUAAAUAUAUAGAUGUUUGCUUGUUAAUAAGAUACAUAUUCUAAAUUACUGCAGUUGAAUCUGAAACUUAAGGCAACACAGAGUACCAGAAGUAUUAUACAUUGUGUACUAUGAGUAUUUGAGGGUUCAUCACCCUUUAUCUCUCUCAGAUGAGGAAUGGAAGAGAGAGACAUUGAGUACAGUGAGAAGGGAGUAACACUGAAAGGAAAAAUAUAUGUUUUAAAUAAUGGCAUAGGUGUGAACAAAGCAAAGAUGGAGAUGCACUGAGGGGUUGUUCUUUAAACAAACAAACAAACAAGUUUUAAUAAAGAAGAAUAGCAGAGAUGGCUGCAGCACAGAAACUAACACCCAAAACUGCUUUGAGACCCUCUCCCCAGGGAUGAUGGGAGCUGUAACCCAGUAGCAUCACUCGAGUGCUAUGCUGCCUACUCCUUUUUAAAGAAAGUCACAAAAGUGAUUGAACAACGUAUCUUAAAUGCUUCCAAGGCAUCACUAUUUCAAAGGUGCAUUGUACUUUAUGAGCCCAGGGAACUUGUGUCUAUAAAAGAGGCUCUGUGUCUGUUAAGAAGAUUUUGUGCACACCCAUAAUCACAUGGAGAAAUACUAAAACAUACAAGUAUGAGUGCCUGGUACAUUUUUCUGAAAUAGCAGGAACAUUUUUUUUUCCAGUUGCCAGAAGCACAGGACUCUGUGUGACUGGAUCUAUAUGCAUCUUGCUUCACGGUAAACUGAAUCUGAGUGAUGGAGUUGCAACCAUAGAUCCAUUGACAUUAACAGAGGAUUUUUCUUCCUGACAGGCCUGGAGUCAGUGCAUGGUAUCUUUAGGCAGCUAUUGGAGCCCCACUUCCAUAGCUGGACUCACUGUUGACACCUGCCCUGGUCUCUUCCUUAAAAAAAUAAUUAAAUAAAAGUAGGUAGCUGUGUUGGUCUGAUGCAGUUGAAAUGAAAAUAGAAAAAUAAAAAAUUGUCUAGUAGCACCUUAUAGACCAACUAAUUUAUUUAAAUAAAAAUGUUAGUGCUCUCCAGUGAACACUGGGCACCUUAUCUGAGGACCUUGUCCCUUUAAAUUUCCCACUGUUCUCCAGAAUGAUGGUACAUCAGGGUCAUUUUAGGAAAUUUAAACAGUGGUUCCUCCUGACCCAAGUGCCUGGUUCUUAUUGGAGCACUACUGCAGCCCUCUGCUAGGUAAGCCCACAGCAUCACUGACCUAGCAGAAGGCCCAUCAGAGGUUUCUCCACCACUUUUUGUAGACCAUUGGAAAAUUAACUAGCAAUUUUCUAUCUUAAAUUUAUGAAGAGGGUUGUUUUAAAAGUAAAAGCAGUUUUGUGUCCUUUCGUGCAGCUGUUUUGUUUUUUGUUUUUUUAAAAAACCCUCUCAAGCAUUUAUUAAGCAUCAGCAUACUUUCAAAAUUCAGUGGUACCUUGAGUUACAAAUGCCUCAGGUUACAAACUCUGCUAACCUGGAAGAGUUACCUCGAGUUGAGAACUUUGCCCCAGGAUGAGAACGGAAAGUGUGUGCCGGCGGCACAGCAGCAAGUGGCCCCAUUAGCGAAAGCUAAUAAACGGACCUCCGGAACGAAUUAAGUUCAUAACUAGAGGUACCACUGUAUUCAGUUUUUGUUCCAUGCUUGCAACAAGUCUUUUUCAACAGUUAAUGGUCUAACUGCUGCUAGGUUGCCCAAAGGCUGGUUUCAGACAAUCUAGAAUCCUGUGAGCAGCUGUCUGCAAGGGAGUCCCAUUCAGCACAGUGGAACUUGAUUUUAAGCACAAAUAGGAUCAGGCUGCAAAUCACCCCUUUCAAGAAGCAACUCUGGAUUAGGCAUAUUAAUAAAGCACUUGUCCCUUGAUAAACAUAGAGCAGUUUCCCAAUUAGCUGUAUUUCAGGACAUGUGCUGCUUCUCCUGUAAGCUGCAAAGGUUUUGACUGCCGUAGGCGUGUAAACCGUUACACUUUGUCUUCUAAGAAUCUCAGUGUAAAUGCUAUAAAUUAUAUCUAAAAGCUGCCAGAGAUAACAGAGUCAUCAUUUAAAAAAAUAGUAUAGUUAUGUUUUAAACAUGUUCUAAUUUUAUAAGUGUGCAUUUAUAUAAAUAUGAUAGUGUUAUAAAACAAUUUUUUUAACUCUUGUUGUUGUUGUUUUUCAAGGCAACUGAUGAUAUCCUUCUGCCAGGUCAGAGGUUUAUAGAAGGUAUGUUUCUAAAAGCCUGCUGGUUACUACUACAAGUUGCUGUUUUGAUAGACUUGAAAAAUGAGUAAGAAUAUCUUGCUUGAAUUUCUGUAUUAGCAAAGGAAAAGGAACAUCAGGACCUUGUGGUAGCCUUGUAUCCUUAUGAUGGCAUUCAUGAAGAUGAUCUGUCCUUCAAAAAAGGAGAAAAAAUGAAAAUUCUGGAGGAGUAAGUAUCGAAAUAGUCACUGCUCUGUUUGUUGCUCCUAGAUCACGUUUAUGUGUGUGUUGCCACCUAAUAACUAGCAUUAUGCUAGUUUCUUAUACAUAUGCACACAAGCUUUCUAUUUUGAAGUUCCCUGCUUGUCCCAAGCCCCCAAAAGCCUGCCUUGAUAAAAACUACUUAUUGGGGUAGCAGCGGAGAGUUUUGUGGCACCCUAUCUUAAGGCUUGUGUUAGUUUUUGCUCCAACAGACUAAUAUAACUGCCUCUCCAGAAAAUACUAAUAAAAAUGCGGACAAGUUGAUGCACAGCAGAAUGGGCUGAACCUCCUUGUAUUUCUCUGCUCUGAAUCAUCGGAAAUUUAUUUUUAUAAUUGCAUGAUCUAGAAUUCAACUUACAGCCUUCAGCAAUAUGGGCAUGUUCUUGGAGGAGUCGAUUCCAGAAAUGUCUGGUGGAAAGCAACAUAUUUCUCCCUCUGGUGAAGUCUAAGCCUUUUUGGAUGGCACUAAAGGUGAUCAAUACAUCUUUACAAAAGAUUCUUUUCUUUUUCUUAGACAUGGAGAAUGGUGGAGAGCCAAGUCCCUUUUGACCAAGAGAGAAGGCUUUAUCCCAAGCAACUAUGUCGCAAAAGUCAACACCUUAGAAACAGAAGAGUAGGUUCAUAUAUUGUAAAUACUUGAUUUUCUACUUUGCACUGUGCACUUGAGAAAGACAAAGAAGGUGUAACUUUUUCCCCAUAAUACUUUACAGAUGGUUCUUUAAAGACAUAACCAGGAAAGAUGCAGAAAGGCAACUUCUAGCACCUGGGAAUGUUCCUGGGUCAUUCCUUAUCAGAGAGAGUGAAACAUUGAAAGGUGAGCUUUCUGUAUUUCAUUUGAAUUAAAAGGAAACUCAGCCUUCUGCCUUGAUGAGCUCAGAUUUUUCCAGUAAGUUCUCUUUUCUGUUUAUGUAUGAGUGAAUUUACUAAUUAUCUGUCAUCAAAGAAUGAUAGCAUUUUCAAUUUACAUUUAGCUUCGCCCCCAUUACUAAAAAAAUCUAUUAGCCUGAUAAAUGUGGCUAAUAGCACCAAAUUAUUAUAGAGGAACGGGCAGACAAAGAGGGAAGAUAACUGUAGACCAAGUAUUUGCCUUAAGCCAUGUUAUUAUUUUUAUAUAUAUAAUUUUUAUUGGUUUUUACACGUAUUUUCCAGCAUAUCAUCCUUUUAAACAUCUUUCAAAAUCUUUGGCUAUCACAGCCUAAGACUUCCUUCAACCUCAACUGAUGGUUUCCUAAAAUCCUUUCUAAUUAUGCAUUACUACUUUUACUGCUAUAAAUUCAAAUCUUAAUACCUAUUCUUAAUUCUUUUCACAAUAAUUUAUAUAUUACUCCUUACAAAAGUUCUUUUAACCCUACAAGUGAUGUCAAUUGGUUACAGUUGCUUUCCAAAUGCAUUGAAAUCUUCUUCCAUUCCUUUAGGAAAGUCUGGUCCUCCUGGUUCCAAAUUUUCCCAAUUAAUCUUGCCGUCUCAGCAUAGUUCAUCAAUUUCUCUUGCCACUCUUCUUUAGCUGGCAUUUCUUCUUGCUUCCAUCUUUGGGCUAACAAUAUCCUUGCUGCAGUUAUCGCAUAUAAAAACAUUUUUUUAUCAUUCAUAUGCAUUUCUGUACCCACAAUACACAGUAGAAGGCUUUUGGUUUUUUAACAAAUGUAUAUUUCAACAUUCCCCCCCCAAUUCAUUAUAAAUCAUUUCCCAGAAGUCCUUCACUUUCUUACAUUCCCACCUCAUAGGGUAAAAAGUACCCUCCUUUUCUUUACAUCUCCAACAUUUGUUAUCUGUUUUGUACAUUUUAGCUAACUUCACUGGUGUUAUAUACCACCUGUACAUCAUUUUCAUAAUGUUUUCUUUCAAUGCACUGCAAGCAGUAAAUUAUAUUUCCUCUUUCCAUAAUUUUUCCCAAUCCUCUAUUUGUAUAUUAUAACCAGUAUCUUUGGCCCAAUGAAUCAUAACCUAUUUAACUUCCUCAUCUUUCAAAUGCCAUUCCAAUAGUAAUUUAUACAUUUUAAAUUAUAUUUUAACUUUCUUAUUUAAUAACUCCAAUUCAAAUCUUGAUUUUGUAUAUCCAAAUCCAUUUUUGUUUUUAUCUUCUUUGUGUUAUUCUUAAAUAUAUGCAGAAACUGGGAAAUUAUGCCUGUGUAGCCUUUGUAAAUAGAGAAUAGGUGUGGGAGAAACUCUUGUACAAAUAUUGGUGAGACAUUGGGCACUGGUGAAGGGAUUAUAUACUAACAUGGAUCUAUGUGUUUGCACAGGGGGAAAUUUAGACUUUAUAGCAUAGUAUAAAAAGUACAAAAACGGUCAAAGAGACUUGUUCUGGUCUUAUCUAGACCUCUUUUUCACAUCAAAACCUUGUUGCAUCAUUUAUGGAGUGCCCAAUUCGAUAAUCAUACAGCCAGAUAUAUUACAAUGUUAAUUUGACCAGUACCUGCAGUAUUGCAAUAUGGAGCAAUCUGGCACUGACACAGUGGCUGCAUCCAGAUGCCAUGGUAAACAAUGGUUUGUCAUAACCAGUUGUUUAUCUUGAUGGGAAUGAGGCUAUCCACCCCUGUGCUUCCCCUUUCCCCUCUCCUCCAGGACAUCCGCAAGGAGAAAGUCAGAAUAUUUCACUUGCAACUUCACUUCAACCAGUUUGAAUCGGGCUUGUUUCAUACAAAUCAUAGUUAUGAUUAACCACAUUUUGUUGGAUUCUGAUAAUACAGCAACAUGAAAGCAAAACUCAGAUUUGAUGCGGCUAGUUCUAACUCCGAUUUAACCUGUGGUUGUGAUUAUUAUUUUUCUUUUUUUGUACACAGGUAGCUACUCUCUGUCCAUGAGGGACUAUGACAGACAACAUGGUGAUGUCGUCAAGCACUACAAAAUCAGAAGUCUAGACAAUGGAGGAUAUUACAUCUCUCCAAGAAUUACUUUUCCCUGUAUCAGUGACAUGAUCAAACAUUACCAAAGUAAGCCAGUACCUUUACUGGACUAUUAUUAAAAUGCAAGUUGUUAUCAAAUAAUUAUAUAAAAAAACUACUGCUGUAUUUCAGAUCACUCAAGUCAAAUGCAUUCUAACUUAUAGUGCAGAUUGUAUAAAGGUGGACAUUGAUGAAAGUUCUACACAACUCUCUCAAGGGUGGGAACUAAAAGUAUGUCAGUUUGAUCACAGGAUUUUACAUCAGCUUGAAACCGAGCUGAUUGUAUGCGAAAUAUCAGCUCAGUGUAAAUGGGAACACUUUGCUUCCUGAGUAUAAGCAAUAUUUAAACACUAGUAUGAACAUAGUGAUAAGCUGAGAAGUUAUCGGCAUUGUAAUUAUUGUGUGCCAACACGGUGGCAAUCUUGUGAACAUAUUUGAUGUGGGAAAGUAAAACCACCAGUGACAUUUAAAAAGAACAUGUAGCUCAUGCAUAGUAAUGCAUUAUACAGAAGUUUGCUGAAAAACAACAACCCAUGAAGCUGUUUUCAUCAGCUGGGAAAACCAUACUCAACCUGAUUGCAGAUCUUAAAUACUUCAGGGCAUGACUUUUAAUAUAUGGCAAAAUAAUGAUCCUUGGUUGAAAACUAUGAGCCUUAACUUCAUAUGAGUGUAUUUUCUGAGGUUAAAACAGGUGACAGCUAUACUUAAGAAAUUCCUUUUAAUUUAGAUCCCACCAUUUGUCCUAAAAGUUCUGGGUGGGUUACAACAACACAUAUAUAAAACAAACUCAUUAAAACAAAAAGAAUGACACUUAAUUUAUGAAUUCCUGGGAUCUUGGCAUGCUCUAUAUUCAGAAGCCUAAACAAUAUUUACUUACCCCAGUGACCAAAAUAGGUUUUCAUAGGACACAUAUCUGACUAAAAUCUAUCAACUGUUGAUAGUUGUCAGCAAUCCAUGUAAGAUGCAAACUGCGGCAUCUACCGGUGUAGUUAAAGUUAUCCUUCUGUUCAUGGCAAAAGAGGCAAAUAUGCAUUUAAAACUGAGAAUCAUGAAGGGUAUGCCUCCCACCAGUACCUGUUGCCAUAUACCAGCCUUCCUCAACGUGGUGCCCCCCAGACUGCAACUCAGACCACUAGCCAUGCUUUCUGUGGUUGAUUGGAAUUCUAGUCCAAAACAUCUGGAGGACACCAGGUUGGGGAAGGCUGCAACAUACCAAAGUGAGAGAAUAUUUUGUCCCAGUAGCAUGUAUCUGUACUACUACACCAUGUUGUGUCAAGGUCAGAGGGAGAAAUCCAGUGCAGCAGAACCUAUGGCACAUGUUGUGUUGUUUACCAGCAACGAAGAAUAUAGUUUUGUUCCUGUCGGGUUUUCAAAAAAUUCUUACAAGGAGGUUUUAAAAGAAAAAUUAAAUCUCUGCAUGUAUGUUGUCCUUUGUUAUGAACUUUGGUGUUGCUUAAGGUACAAAUGUAAGGAUGUUUGUCUCUUAAACAGAGCAGCCAGAUGGAUUAUGCAGAAAGUUGGAGAAGGCAUGCCUCAGUCCCAAACCACAGAAGCCAUGGGAUAAAGAUGCCUGGGAGAUUCCGCGGGACUCAAUCAAAUUAGUAAAAAAGCUUGGAGCUGGUCAAUUUGGAGAAGUCUGGAUGGGUAAGAUAUUUGUUCAUGUGGAUAAUUCAGAUAUCUAGCAACAUGUGUGACACCACAGUACUGACAUGCUAGGUUGUUAACUAUGUUCAUGUUCAGUGAUGUAACAUAAGAAAUGAACUAGGUUCAUUCAUUUGUAAAAAUGCCCCAUUUUGUUUGAACUCCUAGAAUGGGGAAGCACCAUAUCUGUGCAUGCACGUAAAGAUUUAUUGCCCUUCCCCACUCUGUGCCCCCACAGAUUGGCUCUGGGAGGUAUCAGUAGAACUCCAGAACAGCACACAAGGGAAAGGGAAAUAAUUCCUUCUGGCAAGCAGAAAUGCUUUUCCUGACAGAAUGAUGUAAUCAAGGACCAGACCCUGAAGUUAGCGUAUUUGUCAGAGGCAAGAGUAAUACUAUUUAGUGUAUAUAUAGUGUUGCAAUCAGCAUUGAUUUUUCAGUUUUAGCUUUAGCUGGCUGUGUUGGAGCCUACAAAUGCUACAGAAGGUGAUCCACACUGUGCCUUAGUUUGAAGCUCAAUUCCAAUGUCAUGCUAACUCAUUGCAACUUUCAUCAUCCCUGACUGUUGACCAUGCAGACUUGAGUGAUGGGAGUUGGAGUCCAACAACAUUUGUUGUGCCAUAUUUAGCCAUCUCUGGUUUAAAAUGUUGUGCAUUGAAUUAUUGUUGUUAAAUGUUUUGUGAAUCCCAUGCUGUGGGACAGAAAAAGUGGGAUAUCAUCAGAUAAACUGGGGGUAGGGAUAAUAUCCAAAUGGUUGAACAUGCUUUCGAUUUUGCUGUAAACCAAAAUGUGAACUGACCAUUUGAAGAGGGCUUGCAAAUAAUUAUUUGCAUGAACAAUGGCAUCUGCUGUUGCUCUUUCUCCAGGCUCCUGUCCACCAUAGUGAUGGGAGUGCUCAAUGGACAGAAGCUGGAAGCAGAAAAGUAGCCUUUUCAUCUGUUGUUCCCUUGGCAUGUAUCCAAUGAUGUGGGGACAGAUAGAGUUGCACCAGGGAGUGCCCGAAUAGUAACCGCAUCCCUAGCUUGAUUCCCAUUUGACAGCAUGAAGCUGGGGUCCAUGUUAUACUUGGUGGAUACUGUUGGGACAGGGGCAAAAUCUGUUCUCUGGCUCAAGGAGUCUUGGUGCCCACUAGCAUUUCGCUUGAGCUGCACUGCCUGUGCUUCCUUAAGUAAUGCACCUUGGUAUGCUUUGGUGACCCCAUCUUCAUGAGUUCCUCUCUUCUCUACCCACCAUAUUGGUUGGCCACUUUGUUAGUGUAAUAGAAAACGUGCCUUCAUUUUCUGGGGAUGACAUCAUCAGGGCAUUUGCUGUUUAAUGAGCCCAUAUGAAAACAGUUUGCCUACUGAGCUAAUAUGCAGGGGUUAUUGAAGCACUGUCAGCUGCAGAAGAAAGAACUAAUUUCAGGAAGUUAUGUUCCUGCGUAUGUGCUCACAAAGGGUAGAGGGGGAGUGUUUCUGGUUCAAGAUGUUUCCUCUUGUUUAUGUGAGCCUCUUUGACGUCUAAAUUUGGCUUGGUCCUCUGUGGGUUACUUUUACGUUAUGGGUAAAAUUACUGCACUGUGAAGCCUGACUACAUUCUUCCUUUCCCUGCUACAACUAUGAAAAGCUGAUUUGCAUGAUGGCAGACCUUUUUUGAUUGGAACUAAACUGCAUGCUUUGGUAGAGUUCCAGUUGCCUUUCUCCCUGGAGGGCCCAAGAGUUCCAUCAGCUCCCAAGGAUUGCGUUUACUUAGUACUGCUUGUUUCAGAAUGAUUUCAGGAUGGCAAAGGAAUGAGAAGAAAUAUAAUUGUAAAAAGCUAGCUGUUCUCACAUUACAUUGCAGUGAAGUUACUGUUUUCCCCGCAGUGGAUUUUCCAGCUCUUUCCCCUUAGCUGUUCACAUUGGCAUAGCUUCAUUAGCGUUCUGUUUAUUUCUGCUUGUGUAUGGACCAGUGGGCACACCUUGGCAGGAGACGGACUAGAAAUGGCUUAACAACUCCAUUGAUGUGAGCUGGUUUGAGAAACAACACACUGGACAGUAGUAUUUUAUAAUAAACUACUGGAUGCAUAUGCAUUUUGGAUCACAUUGUGUGAACAUGGAUUAAAAAUUCAGCUCUGGAAGCACAGUGAGUGCACAGAAAGUGGGAGUGUGAUAAGAGAAGGUUUAUGUUUGUUUUUGUGUUUUGUUUUGUUUUAGGAAAACAUUUUAGAAUAGUGGUUGUGGUUGUACAUAGUACUAAACCAGCAGUGUUGUGGGGCACUUUAUUAUGCUUUAUUUUACUUGUAUCCUGAGUUUCAGGAUGCAGAUAUUUUCAUGGUGGCUAAUAACUCUAUCAUGUUAUGAGCUUCCAUGGGCAAGAGCCUACUUUGACAGACGCAGGAAAUGACAGGGAUGGAACUGUUUGCAAGAGGAGAUUAACAAUGAAAUUGGAGAGAUGAUUUCAGUUGAUCAACUGGAAUCAACACCUCGCCCUGCCCCAGUCUGUGUCUUCCGUCCUUUUAACAGCAUAGGCAAUAUUUCAGAUCCAAAUUAUAUCAUCCACAGUAUAAUAGUUCAUAGACCUACACUUUUUCCAGUGUAAUAUACACCAUUAGCUUGGCAUAGUUCUUGCUGUCUACCUUCAGUCCCUAAUAUGGCAAGAUUUGUUUCUGGUCAUUUGUUGCCAUAAUUCUAGCCUAAUGUUUCCCAAACUUGGGUCUCUAGUAGCUGUUUUUGGACUACAAUUCUCAUCAUCCCUGACCACUGGUCUUGCUUAGCUAGGGAUGAUGGAAAUUGUAGUCCAAAAACAGCUGGAGACCUAAGUUUGGGAAGCACUGUUUUAGACCAACCAGUUGUGCAGUGUGGGUCUAUUCACCAUCUCUCAUAGUGUGCCCAAAGGAGCAGGGGAUUGAAAGGUCCGCAAAGAGUUCUACAAGGGUCAAGUAAGCUAAGUAAUAUGCUCUAGAGAAAGGCACUGUCUAAACCUAUCUGAUCAGCCAGAUAAUGCUAAUUUUGUCAUGUGUCCUCUGCAUCUUACCAUGUGGACAGGGAACUUUUAUCCUGCUCUUUGGCUUAAAAAGUUCCCAGAGCAGCUUACAGGAUCGGUCACAGGCCAGUAUAUGCUUUGGGGCUUACAGUCUGAAAGACAUCAUUUAUACACAAUGAGAAAGGGAUGUGGAGGGAAAGGGGGAAAAAACAAGUUCAUGCACCAGUUCCUAAAGUUACAGUUUUAGAAUGACCAGCUGAGAAGGAAGCCUGAUGGAAUGGCUCCUGCCAGGUGACAGUUGAAGCAGCUGAUCUCUCAGCAGGGGCGAUGACAUGGCCGUGCUUCUCUAAAAAUGAAAAUGCCCAGGAGAAUAAAAACGUCUUUGGUGCACAGAUGACAUCAGAUUAAGUGAUAGGUAAGGCUCCCUUGGGAAAGAAUCCCACUUGAAAAGGAGAUACAUGUUUUUGCAGGUACACGGUGGGCACUCAUUGGGGAAACAGCCAACUGAGGCCUCCUGACACAUGUCAACCCAUAUUAUGUCCACCAUGAAAACAUUGGGAUUUGAAGUCCUCUUCUUUGUAGCAGCUUAUUCUUCUGCAGUGUCAAUCAUCACAGAAUAUUAAGCUUGCAGGAAGUUGGCAACCAUCUAGUUUAUAUUGGUUAACGACUGUGAAAAUAUUUCUCCCACUUCUGCCAUGGUCUGCAUUCUUCAUUGACAGGAUUAAAUCUCAAAGUUUAAUUCUUCCCAUCAAAAUGUAUUUGUGUAUUUAUUUUUUUACAAAAUAUUAUUGAAGUAAAUGUGCGGUGGGGGAAAUGGAAAAUGAGGUCAUGUGUGUCAGGCUGUUCUGUACAUACAGUAUUCAGCCUUCUUCAACCUGGUGCUCAGUGGCUGGUGGGACUCGGAGUCCAAAACAUCUGGAAGGCACCAGGUUGACAAAGACUGAAGUACAGUUUUCUAGGCCAAUACAGUCGUACCUUGGAUCCAGAAUGGCUUGUGAGUCGAACAUUUUGGCUCCCAAAUGUCGCAAACCUGUAAGUGAGUGUUCCGGUUUGUGAACGUUCUUUGGAGGCUGAAUGUCCGACACGGCUUCUGCUUGAGUGCAGGAAGCUCCUGCAGCCAAUCAGAAGCCACACCUUGGUUAUCAACCAUUUUUGGAAGUUGAAUGGACUUCCAGAACAGAUUCCAUUCAACAACUAGGGUAUAAUAAUAAUAAUUUAUUUAUACCCCGCCCAUCUGGCUGAGUUUCCCCAGCCACUCUGGGCGGCUUCCAACAAAAUAUUAAAAUAAAAUAAAAUAAACAUUAAAAGCUUCCCUAAACAGGGCUGCUUGAUGUCUUCUAAAAGUCUGGUAGUUGUUUUUCUCUUUGACAUCUGGUGGAAGGGCGUUCCACAGGGCAGGUGCCACUACCAAGAAGGCCCUCUGCCUGGUUCCCUGUAACUUGGCUUCUUGCAGUGAGGGAACUGCGAGAAGGCCCUCGGUGCUGGACCUCAGUGUCUCGGCAGAACAAUGGGGGUGGAGACACUCCUUCAGGUAUACUGCGCCGAGGCCAUUUAGGGCUUUAAAGGUCAGCACCAACACUUUGAAUUGUGCUUGGAAACGUACUGGGAGCCAAUGUAGGUCUUUCAAGGCACGACUGUAGUAACAUUUGUUGGUGCCUGCUUGUAAAUACAUCAUUUAUAAAUUUAUUGUUAAAGAUCUCUCAUGGCAAGACAUUUGACCACCACAUUCAGCGCUCUGGAUGUCUCUUCUCCUAUAACUAUCCCUUUUGUUCUAGGUUACUACAAUAACAAUACCAAAGUAGCAGUGAAAACUCUGAAGCCAGGCACCAUGUCUGCGCAGGCAUUCAUGGAAGAAGCCAACCUUAUGAAAUCACUUCAGCAUGACAGGCUGGUCAGACUCUACGCUGUAGUUACCAAAGAAGAACCAAUUUAUAUCAUAACUGAAUUCAUGGCAAAAGGUAGGUAUUACUGAAUUCAUUAACCAGAAGUACCAUUUGCAUGUAGGAAAUGGUGUAUGGUACAAUUGCAACAGGCACUUGUAACCGUCAACUCGAUAGCCAUUCGUUAUGGGACUGUAGUAACUUGAGUAUUGGUUAGUAGUGUCUCGUACCCUGGACAAAAAAUAUUACACAUUAAAUUAAGUAUCAUAAGAGGAAUAGACUUAAAGAAAUAAAUAGGUCAAGAGGAAUACACUUAUAGAAACAAUUUGGUCAAAGUUUCGUCUGUUCUGCAAAUAGCCAAAGUUGUGUCCUCCAGAUGUUGUUGGAUUUCAACUCCCAGCAUCUCCAUCCAGCAUGGCCAGGAAUGAUGAGGGUUGUCAUCCAGAAACAUCCUUUCUUUGCACUAGAGCUCUAAGGGGCCACGGUCUGCUGAAUUGCCUUCUGCCGUCAUCAUGAGGAAUUGGCAGGGUGAACCUGUUCUAUGGAUUAUAAUUAGAAAAUCAUGCAGCAGGUUACAUUUGAACUUUGCAGUGGGUAGGAGAUGAAAGCUUGAGGGCGGUUCAUGCCAAAUUUGGGAUAGAAUAGAUGAGUGGCUUAUUUUGAACCAAUUAACAUUUGUUUGUUUGUUUUUAUUUCAUAAAAUUUACACACCACUUGAUUGUAAAAACAACCACCACCCUCAAAGUGGUUUACAAAAGAGAAAACAAGAAAAAAAAUGCAUACUUUAAAAUGCUAAAACAGAUUAAAAUUAGCUUAACCUUCUAAUUACCUGGGUAGGCUUGUAUAGACAAGGAUGUUUUUAAGCAGGCACUGAAAAGAAUAUAGUGAAGGUACCUGCUUGAUAUCAACAGGCAAUGAAUUCCAAAGUAUAGGCCCUGCCAUGCUAAAUGAUUGAGUUCUUACAAAUACAGAACUGGCAUGUGACACCUAUAGCAGUACAGUGGUACCUUGGGUUAAGAACUUAAUUCAUUCUAGAGGUUCGUUCUUAACCUGAAAUGGUUCUUAACCUGAGGCACGCUUUCGCUAAUGGAGCCUCCUGCUGCCGCUGUGCCACUGGCGCACAAUUUCCGUUCUUAUCCUGGGGCAAAGUUCUUAACCUGGAGCAACCACUUCCUGGUUAGUGGAGUUUGUAACCCGAAGCGUCUGUAACCCGAGGUACCACUGUACCAAUUCCGCCCAUUGAAGCAACUGAGUGGGCACAUGCAGGGUAAAUAUUUGAAUGGCUGGCAUUUUGACAGGUGAUGCAGAUUUCCCCCAUCUUUCUAAGAUUUUCUUGGGCUGAAGCAUAGGAGAAUAUUUCUCUGUUCUGCAUGUUGCAUUAGGUCAAAGGAAACAUUGGUAUGUACUGUUACUUUGGCAGAAGCGGAAGUGUUUGUAGUUUUUACUGAAAAUGCAGUUCCCCAACCAUUUCAGCCUACGGAGAAAAUUUGAAAAUUCAUACAUGUGCUGAGUAUAAGCCACAGCUGCCUAGUAAUCACUUGAGAGGGAAUUCGGGCCACUAUAUAGCCUUUUGUUGGAAUGAUGCCAGGGGAAGCAGAUAAGAGGUUGCCCCUCCGCUGACUGGAAAGGGCUAGAACAGGUGUUGAAGAAAAUUAGGAAGAGAGAGAAACAGUUAUUUAGAAGUAACAACAAAUUAAAGUGAAGGAGGUAUGAGAAAAAGUGGCAGUUUAUGAGAAGUGGAUAAGUUAGGUAUGGAAGAGGGGGAGGAGAAAUUACAAUGAGUAAAAACAGUUCUGAGAAGCUUGGUGUGGGGAGAUGAAAAUAUAAAAUAGGAAGCCCUCUCUGCUUAGAGUCUUUGGAUCAACAUCUUCUUCCUAAAGUGGAAAGCUGAGUCAGAAUGCCCCCAUACCUAAUGUAUGUAUUUAACUCAAGGAAACUGAACUGUGGAUCUGCUUGCUAGAAAGAGAACAGUGUGGUAAAGACUAAAAGCAAUUUCCAAAGAGUGAUCAUAAAUCAAAAGAAAACAAUGUCAGUGUCAGCUGCUCAUGCUGGACACUGCUUUGAUAAGUCACCAUUUUGUGACUGGAGGGUCUCAAUAAUUUCCAGCCAUCUCAAGAGGGCCCUUUGAGUACAAAGUUUGGGAAUGCCUAGAUUAAGCAGCUAAAGACAUUAUAGUCUUGCAUAUUCCUCUCACUUUUAAGUUAGGCUCCCUGAACCCACACUCUUUCAGUUUAGCAGUGGAUAUACAGUAGAGGGUGGAUAAUGUGUCCAGCAAAUAAUUUAGCGGUCACAACUUUUCCAACACUUAAUACACACCUAAUAAUUUCUGCCUCAUGCAACAAACUGCACUGUGCUCCCUCAGCACAGCAACUUGUAGUGAACAGCCAGGCACAAAAUUCUAAAGGCACCACUUUCCCAGACACUUGCUGCACAUGCAUCUGAUGAAUUUUUCCUGGACACCCCCACACACACCAUGCACAUUAAGCCCUAUGUCAAACUGAAGGACCAAUAUAUUUCUGUAACCUUUGAAAAGUUGCUGUGUUUUGUGAGUUCCUAGCAGGAUAUGGCAAGUCCUCAGCUAUUUGCAUUGGUAGAGCUCUCAUGGCCUACUUGUUUGGCUGCUUCAUUUAAAAUAAUAAUAAUGGGUGCAAAGUGAGUGCAGAUUUGUCAUGUGCUACUGAGAUCUUUUCCACUGCACAUAAGCCUGAUAUGUACACACUAUGAAUCUCUUGCCAAUUUCUUAAAGCAGCUUUUAAACUAAUCUCAUAAAAUCAAUCACCCUUGGCAUGGUUUUGCAGAAAGCUGAAAUGUAUUAGUGUUGUUAAAAGGUAAGUUUCCCCAUCCAUUUAAAUAGAGAUGAUUGCUUUCAAAAAUCUUAUUCACUCACAAGACCCCCAGAAAUAUUUUUAUGGCAUUCACUCACAUCUGAGUUUGACUUGUUUCUUACCACCUUGUCUUGCCCUUCCUUUACCACACAGGGAGCUUGCUGGAUUUCCUGAAGAGUCAAGAUGGUGGGAAAUUACUACUUCCAAAGCUCAUUGACUUCUCAGCUCAGGUAAAUAAUUUAUUUUUAUUUUUGGUACUUGGCUGGCUUGGCACUGGCUAUGCUUCAUUUUCACUGUUGUCUGGAAACCAGGUUUACUGAGACAGGUUUUGGAUGCUGAAAGUUUGGUUUAAAGUGGAUUUCUCCUGCAGAUGUGGCAAGAGAAAAUUGCUCUCUGGAUUGCUGGGGCCCCAGGCACAUUGUGUUAUCCCCUACCAUUUGUGGCUUAGUCAAGUCACAUCUGGGUCCGUUUUGAGGAGGAAGUGGCAGGUCAACUAUAGGUGGAAUAAUAGAAUGAUGUGCCUGGGUUGAACUAUAUAAAUAUAGCUACCCCAGUGCACAGCAUGGGGAGAUGUAACUGGCCUCAUCCUGACCCUAGGUGUGUAAAGGUAGCCCUAACUGCAGUUUAUGUACAAUGCUACCUUUACUGUGUAAACUUUGCUUAGUUACGAAAGUGUAAUUAAUUGUAUUUAGAGGGCUGCUGCCUGUUUGUCUCUCCAAAUGUUGCCUGAGUUGCUGUGAUGUCAUGGAAUAUUCACAAAUAUUCUGAUUAGCAGGGGGAAUUGGCAAGAGAAGAAAGAGAUUAUUCUUGUGCUGUCUGGAAGAAGGCUGUCAUUGUGUUUAGUAAAAUAAAUUGCUGCUUGCUACUGCCAAGGAGAAUACAAUGAAUGUUGCCCAGGCCAAGGUGGAGCACUGGCUUAGUACGGUGGCAGGGGUGUCUAAGAGGCUGAUGUACAACCUCUGAGAAGGAUUGCUCCUAACCAGGAAGAAAUGGGAGUGAAUGAAAUUUCCAGUGACAGAUACUACUUCCUGUCAAUGAUGGGUAGCCCCAAAGAGUGUGCAGCAAAUUCAGAAGUAUUGCUCCUUAUUCAGAAGUGACACGUUGCGAGGGAUGGGCAUCCACUGGCUCAAUGCAUCCUGGAUCGCCUUGCUGGUGCUUGGAGCUGUGUGAAACUGUAACAGGCUCCAAAAUUCCACAAACCUUGGAAGACAUAUCACAGAGCAGGAACCCAUGCAGAAUGGUGUUUGUAGUCCCUUCCGUCAGUUUAGAGAGUGCUUCCAAGUAACUUGCACCCUUAUUUUCCCAAAAGCAGUAAAAGGAGCUACAAAAGUCCCUGUAGAAACAGACCCCAUGACUAUGGAGUGGCUUCAUCUGCACCAUGCAAUUAAAGCACUAUUAUACCACUUUAAAUAGUCAUGGCUUCCACCACAAAAUCCUGAAAACUGUAGUUUGCGAAGGGAUCUGAGGAUUGUUAGGGACCCCCUAUUCCCUUUACAGACCUACAAUUCUCAGAAAGAGGAACUGAUUGUUUAAGCACUCUGGGAGUUGUAGCACCGUGAAAGGAAUAGGGGUCUCCUAACAACUCCCAGCAUCCUUAACAAACUACCAUUUGUCUAAAGUAGUAGAAUGGUGCUUUAAAUGGCUGGUGUGGAUGUGGCCAGAGACAGAAGCAGGGAAGGCAAGUCAGAUGAGAGUCAGAGCAAGCACGUUGCAUUCUGGUGAAGGUUGCACAAUAGCUUGCUCUUGGUUUCGUCUUCCUUAUUUUUGCAAAUGGCUUUCAUUCUCUUUAGAACAAAUAGCAGCUGGUUGGAAUAUACUAUGCUCUAUUCAUUGCUCAUCUUCAAAACAAUGGCAAUGAAAAGAAAAAGUCUAUGUGGAGAAGGGCCCACAGUGCUUGGGUAGAUUUUAAACAAAAACAUUUAAAUCCUGUUAAAACAAUAUUUACCAGAGGGCACAGCACUACAGAGCAACAUGUCCUGUACCAAAUAUCCUUUGAACAUGACCUUAAUUUCCUGUUGCAAAAGUUGGCCUCAGUCUGGCUGAAAAUGGUUGUAAUAGUAACAGACGCCUCAUAUCAACAUCUUUAUCUAUGUCACAUGCCAUACUAGCAACGAUUAAUAUCUAUCUUCAGACUGUGUUACAGUUGCUUUCUUUUUCGUGGUGAUUUCUUUACUAGCACUUGUAUAGUCCACAUUUCUGUUUUAAAACACACAAGUGGCUUCACAAUAACACAGUUUUGAAACAGUGUAAUAUAGAACUUGAGAGUUUUAGCUUCAAACACGACCCAGACAUGGUUUAAAAUAGUAUUUUUCCUCAUGGAAAUUUUCAUUUCACGGAAUAGAUGCAGACUGUGAAUAAAUAUUGAACAUGCCUGGUAGUUUUAAUUUUUUUAAGCUCUGAUUACUAAAUAUAAGAAAAAUAAAUAUGCUAUAUUACAUCACUCUAUAGGGCACCAGAAGCAUUUCCAACAGAAGUAUUUUUAUUUUCUCUGAUGCAAGUUACCAUAUGCAGUUACCCUAAUCUUACAGCACUGAACAUCAUUGGUUCAGGAUUAGUGAUAGAACCAUUUGUUAGGAUUGCAAGUUGUGUUUAGAAGUUCAUUCUUGGGGAACAUCUGGAAUGCAUUGCUAGCCAUUAAACGUCUGGGGGGUGGAGGGUCAUAUCUGGCAUGGAAGGGGAAUCUUAAAUAAUUUUUUUCCUGCACUAAAUUGUAAACUAUGUACCUGAACUUCUUGGACAUGUGGAGUAGAUAAAGUAUGUGACCAUGAGUCAAUUGGAAAGAAGACCAGAACUCAGAGGUAGAGGGCAUGCUUUGGGUGCAGAAGGCCCUAGGUUCAAUCCCAGCAUCUCCAGAUAGGACUGAGAAAGAAACCCUAGGAAGGUCUUGCCAAUCAUGGUAGACAAUACUAAAUAGGUCAUACUUGGCAGUUUCAUAUGUUCAUAUCUCCCUUCCAGUGUACGUGCAAUAUGCUCUCCCAAUAUGCUCAAUAUGCUAUCCCAAUAUGCUCAAUAUGCUCUCCCAAUAUGCCCAAUAUACUCUCCCAACAGGCCAGCCUUCACUGAAUCAAAUGGUUUGGACUACAACUCCCAUCAGCCCCAGGCAAAAGAAAUGGCUUGUCUCUCUGGCCACGGGUGCUUGCCUGUGGAGCUGGCAUCAGCAUCUGGCACCCUUAAGCAACUGUUAGGAACCUGGCACCUGGACUGAGCUCACCAAUGAUGCCUGCUUCCACCCCUCCUUAACUUUUUUCUGGCCUGCUACUCUGAGCUGUGCCAGAUGGCUGGGUCUACCUGCCAUUUUAAUUUCCACAGUGCUUUCGAUGUCACAACACUCUGGGGGCAUUGUGGGAAAUUAAAAUGGUGGCUAAUCUAGCCAUCUGGCUGUGUUUAUAGCACUGCCACCAGCAAAAGGAGGGGACUUACCCAAGACUGCUUUGCUCAGGCACCCCACACAACCUUGGAAUUGGCCCUGUUUGCCUGAAACCAAUCCAGCCAUUCAAGCAAACUCUUCCAUUGUGAAGGAGCAAGUUAAAAUGUGAUUUUGUGGCCAGGGGUGGGCGGCUUCCUAAAAUGGACUGGAGCAGGUGCUGAUGACACACCUUCUCUAAUCCUUCCUCACGGGUAGCAGACCACAUGCUUCCCUUGAGUUUAAGUUCCAAAUUUAUCUGCUGGGGGUUUGCACCUGUGUGCUGCACUCUGCUGCCAAUGUUAAAGACUCAUGCUCUAACUGGGAUUUUGGUUGGUUGAUUGCUGGGAAGGGACCUAGAGAGGCCUUUUAAAAUAACAAGACGUCUUUGCACAUACCUUGGAAGUUCCCACUCCUGCUUCCUCUUCUCUAGACCCACCCAAGGACUGAAAUUUGGUCUAAAUUUGCUGCAGUCAGCUCAUCUACUUGUUCAUUUUCUCUCUCUCCAGGAUGCAAUACAAUAAUUGUUUCCUUGCAGGGGGAGAAAUAUCUGCAAGGUACAAAUCCUUUGCACUAGGGCCAAUCUAUGCUUGGUGUCAGGAAGCAUGAUCCUUCAUUUUUCUCCUCCUGGCAUUAUUUGUACCAACUUUAUUGUUAUUUAUUGCUGUUCCAAUCUGUAAUGGGUUUGUUUGUCCUAUCCAGCCUUUGUGCCCCCAUUUCAUCUCAAUAUUUUUUUAAAAAACUGACCUGUUGUAGGCUUCUUGUCUUUAUAAAUCCCUUCAGUCAACAGGCUUCUUAUCACACUUCGACAGAUAUCUUAGCCUUAGCCCUCCUAGUAGAAAAUAUAUAUAUAUAUAAAUAAGAGGAAACAACAACAGAUCCUGGGGACGGGAAAUAUUUGCCACUAAGGGAGUAGCUACAUCCUCUGGUUACAAGAAGCCCUACUUUCUGAGCCUUCUGCACCAGAGAGAAACUGCUGGUCCUCUUCAAGGGCUUAGCUUUUGUGCAAUAUUUCUCUUCACAAAAACUGUGUUCAGCACUUGUGACAGUGUGGUGGGAAAUACCACCAUGGGUAUUUUUCCAUUGCCUGGCCCACAAAAAGAGGAACAAAGCGAGUGUGCAGUUCCUUUUUUUAAAUAGAUGCUGAUCUGCGUAUUGCAACAGGACUGGUACCCGAGACAUUUUAAAGAGUAUGCAGACAUUUAUGGUAUCUAUUAAUAGUUCUGCAGUCCCUUGAACAGCCAAAACUAUUUAAGCCAAAUAAGUCCAACUGACUUUAAAAAGAAUGAAAUCUGGUUUGCGUGUGAAAACUUAAGACAAAAGUGUGUUGCUCAUCAGGCUUGGUUGGGCUGCGUGUUGACAAACUUGCUCAACAAAACUAGGAACUGAUACCUUUUACAUGUUGCGUUGUUUUAGAAAAUAUAAAAUAAAUAUAUAGCUGGGAACUGAACUGAAAACUUUUAGCUAAUGCAGCCCUGAAAACAAUGAUUAGUAGCUUUUCCAGUCUGCAUCUGUCCUGGUCUCUCUGGAUUAGGGACCCCUGUUUGUAUCAUAACAAAGAGACAGGUGGUAUGUUCUGGAACUGUGUUACAAAGGGACAGAAUUGGCUGCACCCUGAUAGAAGUACUAGAAGUUGAGGAACAGAAGCGGGGCAACUAUGAUCUGAGCUGUGUUGUCUGUCUUCUGACAUCUUUACCUUGCCAGGCAGAGACAUUACAUUACACCAAGAGUUGUCAACUGGGUGCCUCCAUGCCCACUGGUGCCUUUGAUGGUGCCCAGGAUAGGUUUCAGUAAACAUCACCUCAGAAAUCCACAAUGCAAUUAGGGGGAGGCAUGCCUGAACCAUUUUGUGUUCCUGCCUCUUAUCUUUUGGCUGUGGCCACCAUUUUGUGUUAUGUGACAUGCACCAUGGUAGCCAUUUUGUGAUUGGCACUCAGGGCCAUUUCUCAAAAUUCCAAAUGUUCUCACUGGCCUUAAAAGCUUGGCAAUCCCUGCCCUACACAGUCUUCUGCCCCUACCAGUUGAGGUGCAACAGAGAAAGAAAGGAGGCAACCUGCCAUCAACAUGGGGUGUGAGUGAGCUGCAAGGAGGGGAGGGGAAAGGAGCUGGAAAUAUUAUUAAUAAUUAUUAUUAUUAUUUCAAGCAAAGCAUAUUUAUAGAUGGGAGCUGAUUCAUAGAAAACUAAAUAUUUGUGCUAGCACAAGGAGUAACACAAUAGAAAUUGCCCCCUUUCCCCCCACUGUGUGCACCUCAGAACAGAUUUAAGGAACCCACAAGGGGAAUGUUCCAUUGCACAAGAAAAAGCCUAAAUAGUUAACAAACCAUAUGGCAAGCCUAUACCAAAUGCUGUCCUUGGCUGUAUGUAAAGGUACUAUAUGGCACUUCUGUAAACUGAAAAUGAGGAAAACCUAUGAAUGUUGACCAACCCACUCCCCAUUUCCCUCCUCUCCCCUCCAUUUAUAGAUACAAUCUACCAUUGAGCAAUGAAUGAUAUUUAAUGUAAGCAAAGGGGUGUUAUCAGUACUAAAGUGUAUCCAUAUUUUCAUUUUUUAAAUACUGGAGGCUGUGCAUAUCAUGGCUAAUGUGUAAAAAUGAUAUGUUAAAAAAGGAGUUUCCCUGACCGUUUACAAAUAUUAUUUGUGUGUGUAUAAAAGUGCUUACAAAAAAGAACAGUACAAAAGUUAAAGAUAUUUUAUUUGUUGUUGCAGAUUGCAGAAGGGAUGGCAUAUAUAGAAAGAAAAAACUACAUCCAUCGUGAUCUGAGAGCAGCUAAUGUUCUCGUUUCAGAGUCUCUAAUGUGCAAAAUUGCUGAUUUUGGACUUGCUAGAGUAAUUGAAGAUAAUGAAUAUACAGCCAGGGAAGGUUUGUAUCACAUUAUAAUUUUAAGCCCUAUAAGAAUAAUUCUGUUAAUAGCCACUUGUUUCACUAGAAAUAUCUAAAUGUCAACACACUCUGUUCUAUCUCUGCUCUCUGCCCCUGGGAUUUCCUACUUUGCUACUUGGUUUGCACUUGCAUUUCUACAGAGAGACAUAGCAGACCUCCACAUUUUUCUCAUGGGCUCCUGUCAUAAAAUCAUAGAAUUGGAGGAAGCCUUGUAGGCCAUAGGAGCUAACCCCUUGCAUGAUGCAGGAAAUCCAGAGCUAGAACAUCUCCAGAAGAUGGCUUUAAGACCUCCAGAACAGUGUCUGUUGCAGAUGUCCAAUGAGGGGCAGCCUUCUAAGCAAUUAGUUCCAUUGAUCUUGAAACCAAGAAGGUUCUCCUAACAUUAAACCAAAAUCUACUCAAUCUACUCUUCAGUAACUUACACCCUCUGGGGCAGUGGAGAACAAGUCUUCAGGUAUUUGAAGAGUGCAAAUUUGUCAUCCCCCCCCCCCGGUCUUCCUUCCCAGGCUGAACACCAGUUCCUUCAACAUUUUGUCAGAGUUUAUUUUCCAUACUAUUGAAGAAUCUUCAUUGUCACUUCCAAUUUUUCAGUCACUUUUCCCUUAUGAAUCACCAUCUGAAUCACCUUAUGAAUAGUUUUUAAUGGUUACAUGAAUGAAACUGCUGUGGUUUUCCUCUCUGUAGGUGCAAAAUUCCCUAUCAAAUGGACAGCACCAGAAGCCAUUAAUUUUGGCUCAUUUACUAUUAAGUCUGACGUGUGGUCCUUUGGAGUGCUUCUGUAUGAAAUAAUUACUUUUGGGAAAAUUCCUUAUCCAGGUAUGUACUUUUUAUUUACUGCUUAUUUGCCCUCAGUUUAUACAGGUACCAGAGUUAAUAGAAAAGGUGCAAACAUGUAACAAGAGACAUUUUGAUAAUUAGAAAAUGUGUAUUGGUUGCUGUACUUAAGAAAGUGUCUUCAAAGUACUCCGUUACAGGUGGAAUGUGGGUUGAAACCAUGCGAGUCUUUGGCCUCCCUGCAGUAUUUAAAAAAAAAUGAAUUAAUGAAUGAAUGCCUUGGCUUCAUUCAAUGUAAGAAACAUAUUCUGCAGCAACAGCAGCACGUUGUGCAAUGAUAGUCUUUGCUGUGUGUUUGCUGUACAGUGGUAUAACUUGGUUUAUGAACUUAAUCCAUUCCGGAAGUCCAUUCUUAAACCGAAAAUGUUAUUAAACCAAGGCAUGCUUUCACUAAUGAGGCCUCCCACCGCCGGUGUCCUUCCACUGCUCGGAUUCUGUUCUUUGUUGUUGUGUCUGACUCUUUGUGACCCCAUGGAUCAGAGCACGCCAGGCACUCCUGUCUUCCACUGCCUCCCGCAGUAAAGUUCUCAAACCGGGACACUAUUUCCAAAUCAUUGUAAACCGAAUCGUUCUUAAACCGAGGUACCACUGUAUCAUAACUGGAGUGGAAAGCUGAAAGCAGGCCCUGGGGUCAGAGCUGAAUGUUACAGGUGAUGAAACUCUGGGGAUGGACUACAGAUCCUUAGUACCUUUGGGGGGAAAUUGAGCAGAUCUCAGAUAAGAUUGCCUGCUGCUGAUGCAAUGGCCUUGGCAGAUGAUUACUUCUCUAGGGAAGGUCACUGAAAGGCCAAAAUGCAAACAUACAGUCUGUGAGAACACAGGUGACCAGUUUGGCUGCUAGGUAAUCUUUGGGUCCUAGCUGCCCAGCACCCUCUUUGAUACCACCCACUUUUUAACCCAGCCAACAGUGGAGCUCUGGCAUUGGAGGGCAAGGGCAUCUUGAGGUUUUCUGGCAGCAGGUAUGGAGAUCUAACCUAAGGUCUUCGUCUCAGACAUCAGAGAGGGGGUUCUGAUGUAUCCUACCAGGGGUGUAGUGUAGGGAGGCCUUGGAUCAGCUGACAUUCAGUUUACAGUGCAAUCAAAUGUUUACUCAGAAGCAAGUCCCACUGCAGCACUUCACUGGAGCUGACUCCAUAAAUUAUCUUAAUUUCCUACAAUUGACUUUCUCCAGUAACAAAAGCUUGACUAUUCAGUGAAUGAAUUUGAUAUAUGUAUUAGAAAUGCAGGGGUGGAGGAAGGUUUAGGAUUGUUUGGGUUGCUUUUUUAGACUGACAUAGCCAAAUUUACUAGUGGAAGAAAUAUGUUUUUUUAUCAUUUCAGGGAUGAGUAAUUCUGAUGUCAUGAUAGCUCUUCAACGUGGGUAUCGCAUGCCACGCAUGGAGGCCUGUCCAGCUGAGCUCUAUGAUAUUAUGAAAACAUGCUGGAAAGAUAAAGCAGAAGAGAGACCAACUUUUGAAUAUUUACAGAGUGUCCUUGAUGACUUCUACACUGCUACAGAAGGACAAUAUCAGCAGCAGCCCUAACAGGAAAAAGGAGGAGCUCCUGCCUCCAAAUUGGUGUAGACCUCUUAAUGGGACAUUGUGGUUGCGCCAGUUACUUUUGUGCAUUAGGAUAUCCUAACUGCUUGUGGAUCCUGAAACUGAAGCUCAAGAAAAUGUUGCAGGUGACCACUAUCCAGCUUAAGGCUUUAAUGUCCUCUAUUGCUGGCACUUUCUUUCUAUUUUUCUUAAGUACCCAGCUUCUUUUGACCCAUCAGAAGAUCAAAAUCAAACUGGAGACAGCUGCAAAUGUAAUGAAGAGAAACAGCAACAACAACUGUUCAUGACAGCAACCAGAACUUAGCCCCACAUGUUCCAGUCAUAACAUGCAUCUUAAAAAAAAAAAAGGUCUGUUUUAGGGCCCAUCUAUAUGCUAUAGUGAUGCAUGAGCUCUCGCCACCUGUUUAUUUUAACUGAAAAGCUUUUGAGGCUGUGGGAGGGGAGGAGGGAGGACUGUAGAGCCAUCAUUUAUUUGCUCAGAAUUGCAACUUUUGGAAUGGCUUGCCCACCUGCAGCGUAGAAAACACAGGAAUGGCAUCUUUCUUAAAUUGGAAGCUAGCUUAGACAGCUUUCACUGAAUUAACAGUGGCAGAGGAAAUGUUUAACCAAUCUGCCCACUUAUCUCUUCCCUGGUCACCACUGAGGAGCUCAUUUUUAAUGUGUUUUGCCUUGUAAAAGUGGAUUGGAUGAAGGGGCUUAAACAGUAAAAGCUGCUGUAGUUUCUAUACUUAUGUAAAGAGUAAGGUGGAACUGGCACAGUUGCAAUGAAGUGAAUGAGACAUUAGAAUAGAGUGGUUCUCCCAAUCCCCAGGAGCUAACCAUGAUUUUAAGCAAGAAACAGUCUUUCUGGCUCACAUUACCUCCCUUCAAAGGACCUACCUGUAGAAUCUGAAAUGCAGUACAUUUAUACCAGAUGAUCUAAAGGUAUAGUUUGUUUUCAAGUAGGAAUCUGAUAGGGAUUAAAUGAAGUGUAACCCUAGAGUCAUGGCAGAAACCUUUCUACCAGUGUGGCUCAUAAAGCUGCCCUUUUUAAAGGCAGCACUUAAUGUUUAAAUUUAAAAAGCACAGCUAACACAACAUUCCCAUUAGAAAGUACAGCCAGCUACUAUUAUAACCAAGUCUAUACAAUUUGUUGCACAUAUUACGUAAGUAGGAUGCGGGAGUGGGGGCGGGGAGACACUUGAAAAUCAGGUUUAAAGGCACUAGUUGUAUAAAGUCAGAUUGGACUGAAGUUAUGAAUAGGAUGCGAUCUCACUGUGCCUCAGCUUUCUCCAAAAGGGUUGGUUUUUUCUCUCUAUCAUGCUGAGACUUUUCCAAAAUACUUAUUCACAACUUGGUUACUAUAGGAACAUUGUGAUUCUAACUAUGUUCAGUUGCACAAACCAAUAUUUUUGUAGUACACGUGAUAUUUUACACUUUUUAAAUGAAGGAAUCCAGUUGACAAACUGGCAACCAGGCUGUCAACCUGUAAAUACUGUUUUCAUUUUAUUGUGAUUUUAAUAAAUAAGCGUUCUUGAAAUUUCAAACCUGGCAGAUUUUGAGUAUUUUCUAAGUUGUUAUCCCCCUGAUAAGGAGACAACCACAGUAAAUGGCAGCAACUAUAUUAAGUCUAUGCUUCCUAGACAAUUGUGUUUAGUUCAUUCGCUGCUGCUUGUCAAGUAUUGGUAAACAUUUUUAUUAGCAUAAAAUGGCUGCUUUACACAUUUCCAUCCAAUUUCUUCAUACAAGGAAAGCAAUUCAAUUCAAUCACAGAAUUCAUGUAGCUUCAUUCUACACAUUUUUACAAUGGUCCUGAAGCUGAGAUAAUGGAUAUUGUGAUCUGAACAUUAAGUAUAUUUCUUAAAACAAGGGAACUUCCAAAAUUUAUCCUAGUACAAGAACAACAUAAUCAAUGGUGUGUUUAAUGUGUUCUGGCAUUCUUGAUGCAGAUAGUAGCACUAUACAGCAACAAGAUAAUCUGAGGCCACAUUUAAGCCAUGCUUAACUUAUGUUCAGCAAAGCAUUUUAUUUUCAAAGUAGAAAUUGCCUCCAGUGCUUUUGCCUUCUCUGAUUAACCAUCAAUUCAAUACCUGUACUAAUUCAGUAGCUGCAUUAAACCCUCCCCAAGAAGGAUCCUAAUUACUCUCUUACUUUGUGUGUUGCUUAGGUCACUUGUGAGAGCUUGUAGAAGAUGCCUCAGGUUUUUCUGAGUCUUUGUCACCGAGUGUUUUAGGAACAUCUGCUAGGGUAUGUUUCAGAUUUGCAAAGAAGCCCUUCUUGGAUUUCUGAUGCUUCGAAUCUGUGCUUAGGAGUUUUUUGCUUUCACGUAGCUCCUCUUGUAGAAGAGACACUGUGGCUUCAAGCUGAUUGCCACGCUUAGCCCGGUUUUGAAGACCCUUGACUUCUUCCUGUUAAGCCAUGGAAGGA